AUGGGCGAAGCCAUGAUGGAUGACUCAAAGCAUAUGCAUUUAGAGUCAGUGGAUGGAGUCGAAUCGGUGUUAGGAAUGAAAUGGAUACCCGAGGAGGACUGCUUUACUUAUUCGUUAGCAGUUCGUGAUAACCUGCAAGAGUUAUUGAAUGACAGUCGCGUGCCAACUAAACGGGAAGUGCUCAGAAUAGUCAUGAGUUUAUUUGACCCAUUGGGCCUCAUUUCUUUCGUUUUAAUACACGGUCGUAUUUUGAUGCAAAACAUUUGGGCGUCCGGAGCCAAAUGGGAUGAUUCAAUAAACGACAGUCUUUUCCAUCAAUGGCGCUCAUGGAUUGAUUUACUCCCGUGUUUGGAAACCCUUAGGAUUCCCCGUUCUUACUUUUCAUUUAUACCCUACGACGGACAAAAAGAAUUGCAGUUACAUGUGUUUGUAGAUGCAAGUGCUAGUGCUUACGCAGCGGUUGCUUAUUUUCGCCUAGAAACUACGAACGGAAUACAAGUGGCCCUGGUUGGGUCGAAAACUAAAGUGGCACCGCUAAAAAUGAUAUCGAUACCAAGGUUAGAACUGCUAGCCGCAGUCCUGGGAUGCCGCUUGUUGAAUAACAUAUGUUCCAAUCAUACUUUGUUAAUUUCAAAACGUCAUCUGUGGACUGAUUCCAGUACGGUGAUGGCAUGGAUACAAUCGAAGCAGCGCAAAUAUAGUCAAUUCGUGGCCUUUCGUGUUGGAGAGAUAUUGGCUACUACGAACAUCGAUGAAUGGCGUUGGGUGCCCUCUAAAAACAACGUGGCAGACGAAGCCACGAAGUGGGGAAAAGGCCCUAACGUAUCCGGAAACAAUCGAUGGUUCCGGGGUCCCGAUUUUCUAUGCCAACUGGAGGAGAGAUGGUCACCCCCUUCUACAUUCAUAACCAAUACAGAAGAGUUGGCGGCAGUGAACUAUCACGAACAACAACAUCAAUUGAUUGAGUUUGAACGAUUUAGUCGUUGGGAACGACUUAUACGUACACUGGCAUACGUGCACCGGUUUGUAGAAAACAUUAGAAAUAAACAAUCAGGUGAACCUCUAGAACUAGGCGCUGUACAACAGAAGGAACUGAUAUAUGCGGAACAAAAACUUUGGAUGCAGGCACAAGUUGAAAGUUUUCAAAAUGAAAUAGCGGUACUGUGGAAAACCAGAGGAUCGCCUGAUGCAUUUCAUCCCACGGUAGCGAAAUCCAGCACGAUUUUUAAACGUUGGCCAUUCAUAGACCAAUACGGAACUUUACGAAUGCGGGGGAGAAUAGAAGCAGCAAGUUGGGCGACGUUUGAUGCAAAAUAUCCAGUUAUAUUACCUCGAAAACACUAUGUGACGUUUCUGAUUGCAGACUGGUAUCAUCGACAAUAUCGCCAUGCCAACCAGGAAACGGUAAUAAAUGAGAUUAGACAACGUUUCGAGAUUCCUAAAUUGCGAGUCCUACCGGCUAAGGUGAAAAGACAAUGUAUGGUAUGCAGAAUUAGGGGAGAGAUGCCUCAACCACCACCGUUAGGUCCGCUACCAGAUGUGCGUUUAGAGACAUUUGUUAGACCAUUCACCUAUGUUGGACUAGAUUACUACGGACCUUUGCUGGUGAGAGUCAAGAGAAGUAACGUGAAACGCUGGGUUGCUCUUUUCACGUGUCUAACAAUCCGUGCAAUCCAUUUAGAGGUAGUACAUAGUCUUUCCACUGAAUCAUGCGUCAUGGCAGUUCGGAGGUUCGUAGCCCGACGAGGUGCUCCAGUAGAAAUCUUCUCCGACAACGGCACUAAUUUUAAAGGUGCGCAUAGACAGUUGACGCAAGAAAUUAAGAUGCGAAACCAGACAUUAUCGUCAAUAUUCACCAACACAAACACACGUUGGAAUUUCAAUCCCCCGGCGGCCCCUCAUAUGGGAGGAGUAUGGGAGCGUUUGGUUAGGUCGGUCAAAGUUGCGAUGGAGGGAUUGCUCGACGCUAGAAGAAAACCUGAUGACGAAAGUCUGGAAACGAUUUUGCUGGAAACUGAGGCAAUGAUCAACACCCGACCGCUAACAUAUAUCCCGUUAGAGUCGGCGGAUUAG